AAUGUUCCACAAGUGCGGCCUUACAUCACUGCCUCUGCACCCGCCUCCACUGUAGCACUUCUCUCUAUUCAUAUCCUCUCACCCUGCUACACCCUUUUUUCUCUCUUCUGUUUCUUCUUCCUCUUCUCCUCUCGGGGUGUCCCCUCUCACUCUGUGACUGUCGCUGGCAGCUCAGCCAUAAGAACUGUGUGAUUGCAGGUGUUCCUUGUUAAGAUCUGUGGUUUGGUUUUCGGGAGGGAACAAGAAAAAAAGGAAAAGAUGAAUAGCUACAGCUACUAUGGGUACCAAGAGAAGAACACCUUGACAAGCUGUGAGGAGACGAGGAUGGAAUCAGUGAUUUGCCCCAAACCUCGCCGAUUGGGUCUCAUAAACCACUCUUCCAUCAACACAGAAGUCGGACCCUCGAGGCACCCCAUCAUCAGCUUCCAACCUGAGGUGGAAGAUUCAGGAGUUGGGGCAGCGCUUCUGGACAUGCUCCUCCCCAAGGAAAAUUGCUAUCUGGAAAGAUCCGGAGGCCAAGAGGUAGCAUCAUCACCACCAUUUUUCUCUGGAUCUCCUCCUAGCAGGGCCUCUAACCCUCUAAUCCAAGAUGAGCAGUUUGGUAAUGGGAAUUUUAUUCCAUUUACCGAGGCAUCCUCUUCUUCAGCUCGUGGUUGUGUUCCAAAGAAAUUUGGUCACACACCAGCUGCGGUAAGGAUCGAAGGUUUUGACUGUCUUAACAGAGAUAGGAGAAGCUGCAGCAUCUCUGCUGUAGCAUAAACCAUUUUUGAACUAAAAAUAUAUAUAAAAAAAAAGAGAACUAAUACAGGAAGCAGAGAAAAGAUGGUAGAGGACUAAAACUCAAUCAAGUUCAAAUAGUACUAUUGUGUAUAUAAGUGGUCUGUGCUACUCUGUUUUUGAGUUUGGUGUUAUGUAAAAUUUCAGAUGGGCAGGAUUUUUUUUUUUUUUUUGUGGUUUUUCCUUUUGAUCAAUAAAAGAAAACAUGGCAGGGGGAAAAUGAGCAACUGUCUUGUUAGGUUCGUAGAGUCUUACAAUUGUUAUGUGUCUGUCACUAAGGUCCUCCCGUUGUAAUUGUAAUUUGGAGGAAAUUGAGGAAAAAUCUUUGGAAUUUUGUAAAUCAGUUUUAUUUAUUAAUUUUUGUGGGUGCCCUUUUUUGGAGGUGUUGCCUAUUUGAUAA